CACGAUUGAUUAGAACACAUUGACGAGCAGUAGUUUAUCAGAAACUUAUAUAAGUGUGUAACCGAUUUCACCGAUUUAGUGCUAAUAAAGCUGUUGAAUUCGACAUUGACUGUGGCUGUUUGUAAGCCAUAAAACUUGCGAAAACACGCAAAUUAACGCCAGCACAAUCGAUGGCGGAGAGCAACUUUCCGCGGAACCGAUUCUCGUCGCUCUCCGAGCGGGACUCCCGUUUGCAGUUCCUCGAGUACUUCGACGACAUCUUCAAGUGCACGAUCUGUCUGAUCAAGCUCCAAGAUCCCCACCUGUGCCCGCGCUGCUCGAAGCUCUAUUGCUACGGCUGUAUCUCGGAGUGGUUACUGUCCGAAUCCGAGCAGCACAUGAACUGUCCCAACUGCAAGCUUGACCUACAAUUGGACAAACUGGUGAAAGUGCGCUGGUUCGAGGAGGUGGAACGACUGCAGCGCGAUUGCCUUGAACCAAAGCCAACGGCUAGUGGCGCCGCGAAGAAUGGCGGCGGCGUCGGCAAGAAGGACUCGUGCCCGAAGCAUCUGAAAACCAUCAAUUUCUAUUGCUGCACCUGUAAAGAGUGCGUUUGCGAUGAGUGCGCCGUCGCCGACGAACAUCAUUUGGAUCACACGUUCAAAAGUUUGGAGGUGAUCUACGACAGCAGCAAGCAAAUUGCGGAGGAGGAAUUCGAGAAGGUGAGACACUAUCUGAAAAAAAUCGCGCUGCUCGUUGAGAAAGUGGAUCGAAACGUGGAGCUGGUGAAGAAGGUGAAGGAGGAAAAGCUGAAGGAAAUUCAAGCCAUCACCGAAAGUGCGAUCGAAGGGCUCGAGCGCCAGGUCGGGGAGAAGUUGCAUAAACUUCAGGGUCACAAGUUCUCGCUGCUGGCUGAGAUGCAGGACAUUGAAAAGUCCUUGGGACACAUGGAGAUGGAGAUGGUGAAGAGUACCAAAUCGCAAUUCAUCUUGAAAAAAUCGAAAAUUUUCAAGGAGUGCAACAAGAUUCGAAUGAACCCGAUCAAAGAUUUCAAACACAUUCGGGUUCCGGUUAGCCUAAAGAUCGAAAUCCCGACAAUUUAUGAGUCUGGCAUUUUUGUUAUAGAAAACUUCUCUUCUUUCGACGAUAACAAGGUAGCUUACUCCAAUGAGUUUGCCGAUAGUGUUGGCCAUGUCUGGCGCAUAAUGGUCUGGUGUGUGAUCUCCGAAGAUCAGUUGGGAAUCUAUCUGGAAUUGGUAGAUGGACCACCAUGCUGGAUGGAAUGCCGUUUCCAACUUAUUCACUUCGACGUCAAGAAAAACAUCCAGAAGAAGAUCAAGCAGUGCUUUGAUAGUUCAACGCAGAAAGACUGGGGUUUCCGUGAUUUUAUCGCAUUGAAGACUAUUCUUGAUGAGAACUACUUGAAGAAGGAUGAUUCACUGGAGCUGCUGUAUCACAUUCGACCUUGUGCUGGCGAUUGCGAGUAACUGGAAUGUUUUCCUUGAACCGACUGACGCGUACUUUCGUACCAUAUAAACACAGACUGUAUUUUUGAAUGAAAUAAAAUCUUUUAAUCGUUUUA